UGUGCAUCGUCGUCGUCGCUUUUAAAGCUUCAGCAGUUGGUAGUUUAAAACUGACGACUCAGUUAGUGUCGCGCAUACAAUCGGGCCAGGUGAACGGAGCCAACACUAAAUUUUGAAAGUAUCUUACACUCAAAGAGCUCCAGCGAAAAUACCUCUUCGUUUUCUUUGAUUUUGUUUUGGGUACCGAUACCCAAAAGCCAAAAUACUGGUUUCCUAACAACUCUAUACCACAAAUAGUGCUCGAUUACGCUGUGUGAACAGAUUGCGCUGCUUAAAGUGAGGUCAUUUGUGUGCCACGUUUUAGAAUGGCAGCAGUUGAAGUCCGAAAUGGAUACAAAUAUUAUGGCAGCUCAUCGAAUCAAAAGAUAAUUUUAAAUUAUCUUAAUAUGAACGUUAUGCGUGGAUCGAUAUAUGGUCUUCUCGGUGCAUCAGGUUGCGGCAAAACAACACUUUUGUCAUGCAUUGUAGGCCAACGUCAAUUCAACAGUGGCGAUGUGACAGUACUUGGGCUUAAACCAGGCUUGCCGGGAAGUGGAAUCCCUGGAUCACGUAUUGGAUACAUGCCACAAGAAAUAGCACUGGUCGAAGAAAUGACUGUCAAAGAAACCAUUUAUUACUUUGGUCGAAUAUAUGGUCUAAAUGAUGAAAAAAUCCGCGAAAAAUUCAAAAUACUACGUGACCUACUCCAGCUACCUCCACCAAAACAAUUAGUUAAAAAAUGCAGUGGAGGACAACAGCGGCGAGUAUCGUUUGCAUGCGCAAUGAUUCAUGACCCUGAGCUUCUGAUAUUAGAUGAACCUACUGUUGGACUUGAUCCGAUGCUGAGAGAAAAAAUCUGGGAGUUUCUUGUAGAAUCAACACGAAAUAGUAAGAUGGCUGUGAUAAUAACAACGCACUAUAUCGAAGAAGCCAAACAAGCUAAUUGUAUUGGACUUAUGCGAAAUGGAGUGUUACUCGCUGAAGAUACACCAACAAAUAUUAUGGCGAAUUUCGAAGCAAAUUCUAUAGAAGACGCAUUCUUAUACUUAAGUUCAAGACAGGGAAAAUCUGAUGUAGUUGAUUCGAGCACAAUCACAAGACGACAAACGCCGGCAGUAACAAAUGCAAUAACAUCAGUUGAUGUCAGUGAACCAGAAGUGUACGAGGACAAAAAUGCGAAUAUCGAGAAGAUUGAGAAACCGCCUUUAGUUUUGCAUGAUAACAAACGCAAAGUACUUUUCACAACUCAAGGAAGAGUUAAGGCUCUGAUGACGAAGAAUUUUGUUCAGCUAUUCAGACAGCCAUCAGGUGUAAUUUUUAUGUUAAUGUUUCCUAUAAUUCAACUGUCAUGCUUCUAUUUGGCAAUCGGAAAGACACCGGGAAAUCUAAAAAUUGGCAUCGUGGAUAAUGAGAUACCAGACUAUGAAUCGUGUUUUGCACACAGUAUUAAAUCUGUUUACAAUCGAAAUGGAACUUGCAUGUUUCACAAGAUAUCAUGCCGAUUUAUAACAGAACUUGGUGACGACAUGGCUCAAAGGGUGUAUUUUAAUAGUACCGAAGAAGCUCUGGCAGCUGCCAAACGAACUGAUGUUGUUGGAUUUAUACAUUUUCCUCAUAACUUCUCAGAAUCAAUGCAAGAAAUUUUGGAUAAAGGCAGUUAUGCUGAAGCGGAUGCUUUCAAGUGGGGAGAACUUACAGUUCGAAUCGAUAUGACUGAUCAACAGAUUGCAUAUUUUAUUGAACGUCGAUUAAGAGGAGCAUUUAGCACGUUUAUGAAGAACAUCCUUCAGGACUGUGAUUUACCAACUUCAUUGGCCAAUACUCCAAUUCAGUUUCAGGAACCGAUUUAUGGAUCACUCGACAUUGAAUUUCAGCAAUAUGUGGCUCCAGGUGUCGUAAUGACGAUGGUAUUUUUCUUAGCAACUCUAAUGACAGCUGCUGUUUUCAUAUCGGAAAGAAUGGAUGGUGUUUGGGACAGGACACUAGUUGCGGGUGUCUCUGCAACUGAAAUGCUAUGGGCUCAUCUUUUGACACAAUUCAUCAUAAUGAUGUUCCAGUCCUUCGAAGUGAUAAUGUACAUUGGACUUGUAUUUGACACCUAUAACAAAGGUGACACCGUAACACUUAUUGGAUUGUUAACUUUAACAGCUUUUUGUGGAAUGCUCUUUGGACUGCUAAUAUCAGUAUAUUGUCGCUCGCACACAACAGCAAAUUUUGUUGCAACUGGAGCCUUUUAUCCCAUGAUUAUUCUUUGUGGUCUUCUUUGGCCAUUGGAGGGCAUGCCAAAAGCUCUACAGGAAGUUGUAAUGUUCUUCCCAUUCACAAUACCGUCGAUUUCCGCUAGGAACAUAAUCGAGAAAGGCUGGUCAAUCACUAAUUCUCAAGUGUACAAUGGAUUCAUCGUGAUGACAGUCUGGAUUAUAAUUUUCUUUGCUGCAUGCAUAUUGGGUUUAAAACGAAAGGCAUAGGCUAGCGCUAGAUAAACGAUUAACCUCAUCUAAACGAAAAGAAUUACAUAAUUUUUCAUUUGUUUACAUUGUAAGAUAAUAACUUAAUGUAUAUUUUUUUUCUUGAUAUUCUACAUGAAACCAUUUCUUUUGUACUUAUUUAAAUUCAAAAUCAAUUCAUAUUGGAAAUUUUUUACCAUUCUAAACUUUUAAGCACUCAUUUGCGUGAUCAUGCAUAAACAUUUUAAAUCAUACAUGAGGGUGAUGAUUUGUUUGAUGUUAGGGUUUAUUUAAUUUUGUAGUUCGUUAGUUUUUAGUUUUAAACGAAUCUUUUGUAUGUAAAUAUGUGAUUAAAAAAUAAAGAGAAUAUAUUAUUGAUAGAAACAUUUACCAAAUUAAA